AUGUCGGCGUUGCGUAAAUCAGCUUCAUUCCGUUCAAAAAUUCCGGUACGCCGGGAACGGCAUUCGCAAACGCCUACCGGAACCGGAACCGGAGACUGGGGAAGACGAUGUGCUAGCCCUCAGCCGUCGACGUCGACCAUCGCCAGUGGGUCGUUCACCGGGCUCAAUGAUGAUGGCCCCCAGAAGCUGAUGGAGCGCAAAAUUCGACGACGCCCGUGGCGUUACUCAUCAUCAUCAAGCUUCUCCAGCAGCGACGAAAGCCACGAAUCGGAGCCCCCAUUUCAGCUGUUGCUAAAGAAUCAUCCGGCGACGGACCUGAUGGCAUCGCAAGCGUCCUCAUCGCCGGACGGACGUGACGGAAGAACCAUCGGUGGCAGACAUCAGCAUCAGCAACAACAUCUACUUCUGUCGAGCCUUUCGACGGAUGCCAUCAGUCUGGACGGGCUGCUCGAUUGCGUGAGCAGCGGAAGUUUCUCCAGCCCGCCGUCUCCGGGAAUGACCCGCCGAUCCAGGACCGAGACCAUGGUACUGGCCGCAGAGCACCAGGACCACGACGAACCGGACCGAUUCACUAAGCCAGGAUCCAGUCCCAGUACAAGUCCGGGAGAUCAAUCGGCGGCAGUAGUAGGAGCAUCAUCACCGGUGAGGAUGGCGGCUUGCAGCUACGAAUCGUUGGAACAUUUGAAUUGUGCUCUAGAAACGCUUAAAAUUUCUGACACUUUCCGCGCCGAGCAACGACAGCAGCUACUAAAUCAACAUUACGGAAAUCUUGUCUCGCCUGAUGCGAUUACUGCGGCUGUAAGGGGGCAGCAGGUCGACAUGAAGGGGAAAACGGUCGAUUUAACCCUACAGCAAGCUGGAGAAGAGACGGAAGAUGCAGAUCAGAGAAAGCAACGGAAGCUCAGCGAUUGGUACUACAUCAAAUCAAGUCCGAAGCAGAAACGCACCAAGCCACCGGAGAGUCCUUGCGUGGUGCGACGCAAACGGGCGCUUCUAAUUACCGAGCAUCAGCACAGGUCCGCCUCAUCUUCCGUCGGAUUGCAGGCGGCAAAAGUAAAGCUGCAGCUGCCAGCGAAUAAUCCUCACCAGUUUGUGCUUCCGAAAGUGCAGCAGCAGCAAAGCUCCCAGGAUGAUGGUCAGGACCUCUCGGUAGCAAAAGUUUUAAUUGCCAGUAAAUAUUCCGACGGAUCUGGCGGCCCGCUGCAGCGCAAUUACGUAGAUCUACCGGAGUUCAAAAGCAUGGGCAGCAAGGAACGCCAACUGCCCGACAAUGUAAACUUGACAAAUAGCAAUAAAUUCCCGGUUCCACUUAGCGGCAAAAAGCCACACCGGAAGGACGGCCAUGUUGUCGCGGCCCGUGUAGAUUGUCAUGUUGGGCCACCACCCAUUCCGGCACGACCCGACACAAACCGGCACCGGAAGCCCAAUGAUGGUGGCGAAGGUGGCGUGAUUUCGCAGAAUUUUCAGCCGCAUCUGAGCGAUUGCGAACUGUCGCCCCCGGUUGGCAGCAGAUUUUUCAACCUGAUCAAAUGCACUGCACAGAACGUUACAUCGGAGAGGCGGUCUAUUUCCAGUGAAAAUCUCUUUAUCUCUGAUACCGGUUUCGAUUCCAUUAAAAUUUCCGCUGAACCUCAACCUAACGGCUACGAAAAUGUCCCGGCAAAAGCUCAUUUGAUGCAUCCGAAUGCGUAUCAGCAGCAUUUACAAUUUCCGGAACCGUAUGCAAUUCAGGACACCGGUAUGCUGCGAACGAAAAACGCCUCCAAACGACCACUUCCGUUGACGCCGACUACAGGCCACUGUCCACCGGUUUCCAAAUCCCGGCUAGCCGAAACUUCCGGUACGAAAUUGCCGGAAUCCUUGGAUUCGAAACAGCCCAUCAUCGAUUACGGCGAGGAGGACGAUCGAAAAAUCAGCUCAUUAACGAGGUGCUACCCAACUAAAUCGAUACAACAGCCGCAACAAGGUCAGCAGGUAACGACGCCUACGUCCUACCGGACCGAUUACGAGCUAUCCGGUUCGUACGUCUCGCUCGAAUGCCCUUCGCCCCCGGGACCCCCAGCAUGCCUCCUGGACAACCGCCGGGAUCCACUGGCGAGGUUGGCCCGCUGCAUGAGAGCUCUCUACACCGAGCUAGCCCUCAAGGAGCCGGCCCUGCCAACGUGGGUUCAACCGGUGGCACCCGGAGUGCUCUGCCCGGCCAGACUGGAACCGGAACUAAGACUGCACAUACAUUCGCACGGUUUAAACGAAUGCAUUACGGUGGACCAGAUUCUGGCGGCCGUGCAAACCAAAGAUGGACCGUUCAUCGAAGCACCGCGAAGGGUACUGAUCGAGUGUCCUCCGUGGGUUACCCGAUCUUCCCUCGCCCUUCGGAUACUGCAUGCCUGGAGCCGGGAACCUUCAUGGCCUCCACGAGGUCAACCCGUAGUGUUAUCACUUUUUGUACCGUUGAGCGAACUCAAGGGUUCGAUAGCAAAUUACAUAGCCAAGGAAUUAUUACCUCGAGGCCCACAGAACCCGUUUGCUUCUGGGUUCGGGGGUUUCAGUAGUGCAUGGAACUCGUUGGAGUCGUUAAAAAGUAAAUUACUGAUAGUGCUGGAUGGGUAUGAUAUAGUAAAUAAGUCGCGAAAGAACAAAACCGUACUGAAGGAUGUGACUGAUUUACUAGAGGGUCGAUUGUUCCCUGAAGCCCGAGUGGUGUUGAUCGGCGUUACUUCGUCAUGUGUAGAUCUGCUUCCGCUCAUGCAACGGCAUAUCACAUACGAGGGCAUCAGCUGGGGACGUUCGGUUUCAUUGUUAGGAGGUGGCCAAUGGGGGGCCCCAACUAGACUGAUUGACGGCGUACAAGCAUGUAGACAUCUUAGAAACGUUGCCCGAACUUCAUUAGGUUGUUUGGCCAUAUCUGCCAUUUAUGGAACAAGUGGAGGAGCGCUACCGGCAGACGAGGUCGACGUUAUUGCCUCGGUAUUCAACUGUGUAGCAGCGAACUCGUCACAAAGCCAAAUCACAGAACUAGGUCGAUUGGCAUUGUUCUGUUUGAAAACCAAAAGACCCAUUGUUAGCUCCGAUGAACUGAAAAUGUACUGCUCUGCACCUGACAGUAACAUCAUUGGAUGCCUGGAUCGAGCCCCAAUAUUUGGACGAUCUGCUCGAAGGAAAUCUGAGUUCCAUUAUACUGCUAUUUGCCCUGAUAUAGCUGAAUUCUUAGCAGCCAACUAUCUGGUUUCAUUGGCCAACCGGCCUGGACUUCUCGCCGCGGAAGUGGCCGGUCUAGCUAUUGGAGACGAAGUUGAACCCGAAGUGCUCAAGGUGCUUACCUUCGCCAUGUCGCUUCUAGGAAACCGAGCUCAUAUGCUUCUGUCGAAGCUUACCCCACUUUGGUUGAGUCCUCAAACAAUAUUUUCACUAGCUCUUGCGGGCGGAGAAACCGAAUCGAACCUUACUGCCCUAUGCGAACUUUUAGGAAUAUCAAAAUCACCGCCAGUCCCGCCUCUGGAGGCAAAACCCAUUUGGGUUCAGAUUAAAUCAACCCCUGGAGAAAUGCAAGGCUGGGGACUCGCACUCAAGAGUCCUACAUGUACGUUGAAAAAUUUAGAGUUAGUAUAUCAAAUUGAGAAAAACAUGCUGCUUGAAUCACGUAAUGUGGUGGAUAUAUUCCUCGAUGCGUUGUCGAAGAAUGAAAGUGUCACUACGCUCCGGAUAACAUCCCUAAUAGAAAACGAAGUACGAGACUCCGAUAUCAACUACUUGGCAACGUGCAUAUCUAAAGCUAUCAUGAAACCUCGACUAGAAAGCUUCGAACUUAUUCUUACACUUUUAGAGGAAGAUCCACCAAUAUUGAAGCUGCAAUCGGUCGUAACGGGACUGUGUCGAUCGAUACCACGCCAGCCGAAGCUUAAUAAUUUAAUUCUCGACUUAGGUCUCUGUACAUCACAACUAGUUCAAAUUUGCUCAAUGUUAGAAAAAUGUCCCCAUGUAACCCGCCUGUCCUUCCCCCAUCUCCGGUGCGAAAGAGGAGCCGUCGGUGCUUUGGCCAGUCUACUCAACGCACGACCUGUGUCAUAUCUAGCACUGGCUUCCAGCUGGGGAGCUCGUGAUGAUCCUCCUUCCUCAAGUGGAGUCAGCAUGGGCUCGGGAUCAGGAAGCAGCUCCGGAAAUUCGGGACUCAUAAAACAAUCCUCCCUAACCGGAGCCCCUUCGCCGCGAACAUAUUCAACUGGAAUCUUUUCGUCACUGCCAAGAGGAGUCCUACACUCCACCUCUACCAUGGGCCGUUCGGCUACUCUUCCCAGACAACCGAUGGAUGGACCACCAGACAAACGAAGUACCGACUCGGUCAUAUCACGAACCUGGUAUCCUACACCGGCCUGUGAUGGUGGACCUCAUAAUUCCGGUACUCUACACGAGCUGCUCCUUGCUGCCCGAGAUUCUUUCUCUCGUCUCCACGGUCUCGACCUCAGCAAGGCUCAGCUAUCGCUCGAAGAUUCCAUGUGUCUGGGUGAAACUGUUCGUGUUUCGACAACAUUGCACUCGAUCAAGCUGGAGGGAGCAUCCCGAUUGAGUGAAAUUCUCCCAAGCGUUCUAGGGGCCAGCGAAUCGCCCAGUCUUCAGAUGUUAAGUCUCGGCUCCCCUCGGAUCGCCCUGGAGGAUGCAGCCGUCGGAAUGUCAGCUCGUGCCUUGGGUAGUUGCAUCACACUAAGACUGCUAAGCUUAGAUGGUUGGAGCUUCAGGAUAGAAAACAUCGGAACGUUAGCCUCCGUGCGCGGAUUUUUGUCGCUCACCUCUAUCCGGGAACUAAGCCUCAACAACUGUCGCCUGAAUAUAUCGAUGUUCAAGAGUGAUAUCACCAUGCCAAACCGAGCAUACGAGUGUCGAUCGAUCGUCAAUCUUAAACUGGCUGGGGCUCAGAUGAUCUUUUCCGACCAUGUUUCCAUGAAAGGCCCUCAUAUGCUUCCUUAUCUGACGGGAUUCAUUAACGUGCGAGAGUUGGAUCUUUCCGCUCCACCACGUACCGGUCUGGGCAGUACAACCUCUACUCCACUUAUCAUAUCGGACAAGGACAUCACCGGUUUCUUCUCAACUUUAAAUGCUCACUUUAGCAAUCUCAAUACCCUGAAAAUCUGCAACUGGAUUAUUCACCUGGACGAUGCGCCUCGUACCCUAAAGGCCGUAUCGAAACUGUUCAAAUCGAGCCCGAUCAGCCACGUUAAGAUCGACGGAAUCAUCGUGUUGGACCGGCCCCGGAAGCAGAGGAUCGAGGGUCUGUUCAUGCAGGUCAUGCUGGGCUCGCUGCCGCAACUACGCUGGCUUGGCAUCACCGUCACCGGAAUGACUGAGGAGCAGAUCAAUGCCGUCGGGACGUCCUGUGCCGAUAUGCGAGGGCCGGAAAUCGAUAUCAGACUUUGCAAUUCGACGAUCGAAAAUGCAAGAUUGAUGACACACUCGCUCGGUCUGGACGGUAAAUUUGAUAUACGGGUCUCGACGUUCGGCACCAGCAACAGCAUCCUGAUCCACAUCGAGAAAACUUCGACGAAAAGUUCAAUCCGGAAGUAGGGGGCGGAAGUGAAAGGCGGUGCAAAAAGUUUCACCGAACUACGGAAUCGGCCCAAGACAGCAGCAUAAAUAAACUGACUUUUUGUGCAACUGGACUCGAAGGCAAAAAAUAACUUUGGUGACCAUCAAUCGUCAUGCUGCAAUGAACAACAGCUGUAAACUACACGUGCGGCGACAAUGGAAAUGAUAUCACAGACCGAGAAGAAAAAUAAGAAAAAAAAACCCGGAAGUACAACUUCGGAUGAAUAGUUUUUGUGUUUUGCUUUGCCAGGGAAACAUUCAACAAACAUUUGUUGAAACGACAAAGCUACAUGGAGUGUCGCUACAACGGCAAAACACGAUGACUGCAAUCGUUCCCGGACCUUAUUGUGACAAAUUGUUCGGCUUAAAUUUCUUCCCACUUUAACUCGAAACGCAUGUAAACUACUUACGCUCUACUACACACACGCACACACACACACUAUCGAUGUCGAACUUGAACGUACCUACUCA